GGAGCGCGCGCGGGAGCGAGGGAGCAGUGGUCUCGGCGCCGGCGGGGCCCGCAGCUUCGGGUGCUCGGGCGGCUGCAGCUCAGGAGCGGGUGGUUGGGGAGGGGGGGUGGGGGGGCUCCAGGCAGGUGGGGCGCGAAAGCAAUGAAUCUUUGGCUCUUCCUCCUUCUCCUCCGGGACCCGCUCUCCGCCUCCUGUUCCAACGCCUGGAUGAUCUGAGCCGCGAGGGCGCCGAGAGCGGGGGCCCGGACGCAGCCCGGCUCCUCCCCUCGUCCGCCCCCUCCCCUGCCUGACCUGGCCGGCCGCAGCCGUGGUGACCCCUUUCCCGCCCCCUCCCCGGCCGCCGUCGCCGCCGCCGCCUCGGCCGACCAGGGACCUGCCCGCCCGCGGCUGCUCCGGACCUACAGGAUCAAGACAUAAUGGGAGCAUUUUUAGACAAGCCAAAGAUGGAAAAACAUAAUGCCCAGGGGCAGGGUAAUGGGUUGCGAUAUGGGCUAAGCAGCAUGCAAGGCUGGCGAGUUGAAAUGGAGGAUGCACAUACAGCUGUGAUUGGUUUGCCAAGUGGACUUGAAACAUGGUCAUUCUUUGCUGUGUAUGAUGGGCAUGCCGGUUCUCAGGUUGCCAAAUACUGCUGUGAGCAUUUGUUAGAUCACAUCACCAAUAACCAGGAUUUUAAAGGGUCUGCAGGAGCACCUUCUGUGGAAAAUGUAAAGAAUGGAAUCAGAACAGGUUUUCUGGAGAUUGAUGAACACAUGAGAGUUAUGUCAGAGAAGAAACAUGGUGCAGAUAGAAGUGGGUCAACAGCUGUGGGUGUCUUAAUUUCUCCUCAUCAUACUUAUUUCAUUAACUGUGGAGACUCGAGAGGUUUACUUUGUAGGAACAGGAAAGUUCACUUCUUCACACAAGAUCACAAACCAAGUAAUCCGCUGGAGAAAGAACGAAUUCAGAAUGCAGGUGGUUCUGUAAUGAUUCAGCGUGUGAAUGGCUCUCUGGCUGUAUCGAGGGCCCUUGGGGACUUUGAUUACAAAUGUGUCCAUGGAAAAGGUCCUACAGAACAGCUUGUCUCACCAGAGCCUGAAGUCCAUGAUAUUGAAAGAUCUGAAGAAGAUGAUCAGUUCAUUAUCCUUGCAUGUGAUGGUAUUUGGGAUGUUAUGGGAAAUGAAGAGCUCUGUGAUUUUGUAAGAUCCAGACUUGAAGUCACUGAUGACCUUGAGAAAGUUUGCAAUGAAGUAGUCGACACCUGUUUGUAUAAGGGAAGUCGAGACAACAUGAGUGUGAUAUUGAUCUGUUUUCCAAAUGCACCCAAAGUAUCACCAGAGGCAGUGAAGAAGGAAGCAGAGUUGGACAAGUACCUGGAAAGCAGAGUAGAAGAAAUCCUAAAGAAGCAGGGGGAAGGCGUCCCUGACUUAGUCCAUGUGAUGCGCACAUUAGCGAGUGAGAACAUCCCCAGCCUCCCACCAGGGGGUGAACUGGCAAGCAAGCGGAAUGUAAUUGAAGCCGUUUACAAUAGACUGAAUCCUUACAAAAACGAUGACACUGACUCUACAUCAGCUGAUGAUAUGUGGUAAAACUGCUCAUUCUGCCAUGGAGUUUACCUUCACCUCCAAAGGAGAGUACAGCUCAACUUCACUGAACCUUUUAAACAUCCAUCCUCAACUUUAAAGAAGGUCAUAUGACAUGGGUGAGAAUGAUUACACCAGAGAACUUCAGCAGUACAACAGCUAGCCCAGAACUGAUUUUUUUUUUUUUUUUGUAAAUUUGAGACUUAUGUAAACGUGAUUUCAAACCAUAAUUCAUGUUGUAAAUCAGACUCCAGCAAUUUUUGUUGUAUGAUUUUGUUUUUUGUAAAGUGUAAUUGUCCUUGUACAAAAUGCUCAUAUUUAAUUAUGAACUGCUUCAAAUCACUAUCAAAGUUGUAAGAAAUGUUUAGCUUGUUGUGUGAUGCAACAGAUACAUAGCCCUUUCAAGUCAUGUUGUGUUUGGACUUGGGGUUGGGACAGGGAGAGCAGCAGCCAUGUCAGCAAGGCGUUCAAAUAUGCACGUGAUUAUGGAGAAUAAUUCCAAAAUCUUACAAAGCCGACCAUCCAGGGAGUUAAUUGAAAUCUAUCUUAAUGUUCUUGGCAGUGGGAUUGGCAUUGUUGAUAAAGCUGGUCCUUUCGUUUAACUGUCUUUUAGUUUGUUCUCUAUUUGUUGCCAUGAGUAUUGCAGGUAAUACAGUAUAUUCAUAAGAAUAUCAAUCUUGGGGCUAAAAUGCCUUGAUUCUUUGCACCUCUUUUACAAGUCCUUACAUUUAAUUAUUAAUUGAUAAGCAGCAGCUUCCUAUGUAUGGUAGGAGACUGCCACAUUUUUGCUAUCAUGAUUGGCUGGGCCUGCUGCUGUUCCUAGUAAGAUAUUCUGAAUUCCAUUUUAUCAAUAAAGCUUGAUUUAACAAACAAGAAAUUUAAUCAUGUAUGUGUAAUUCCUCUUUUACCCUACCUUUUUAAAACACCAUGCCAUUGUAAAUGAGAAGUUUCUCAUGGGGAAAGAUGUUAGUCUCUUUUAAUUGGAAAAUCCUGUUACUCAAGGCAUAGAUGGAACUGUUUCCCUUCCAUUAGAAAGACUAAAAGAUUUACGUCUCUGUUGUUCCUUAAUCUGUUUUUAAAAUGGGUUUCUUUCUGGCUGCUUAAUUUUCAUUAAGAUAUGUAUCAGCUUGAAUUUGCCUACUAUUUAAUUAAAAUAAUUGUCAAAGCUUGACAAUCUAACACUCUAUGGUAGGUGUGUGUGUGUUUGUGAGUGUGUUUGCCUGUGAUUUUUAAUUGACCCAUGUCUUCAGAAUCCAAGUAGUUAAGAUGUAUUGUGAUUUGAAAUAUAGCAUGUUGAUAAUAUUUAGCUGUUGGCCUUUAAAAGUAACUUUCAAAGCUUAUUGAAUUGUAGAUAUAAAAAUAACCUAAUUUAAUUUAGGCUUAAAUUCCUCUGAUUAAGCAUGUGAAAGUAAGUUUUAAAAUCUGUCACAUUGAAAAGACUACUGUUCUGUGCCCUUCUGUAUUUUUGUCUUUUUAGGUCGAAUAUUGUAUUUACCACCAUGUAAUUUAAUCAUUCAGUAGGCAGAUUCCCCACUAGAAAACUAUUAGAAUAUAACAUUGAAUACAAAAUCAAAACUUUGUGUAUAAAAGAUAAUCAAUUUUGUUAUAUUUGUUUUUUCCAUAACUUGGAAAUAUACAUAUUUGUAUAUAUAGACUUAAAACUAAUGUAAAGUUAGGGGAGUAGUGGGAAAAGUAAUGUGAAAUGUCUCAGAGUUAAGUAGUUAUAUACCAGCAAAAUAUUUUCAUUAUCCCUCUUAUUUGUGAGGUGAUUAAAUGUAACUUAAUUGUAUUUAAUUUAUAUCUUAAUCUAGCAUGAAUGAAGAAAAAAAGUACUAUUUAUAUUUAGAAAUUCAUAACAGUUGGAAUUACAGAAUCAAUUCCGUACUUAACUUACAAAUAAAUGCUUAAUGUCUAAAUCUGUGGUAGAGUGCGAAGUAUGAUAAUGUUUUAAGUUAUGGCUUUGCAAGCAUCUAAAUGUACAUUUAAUGAAUACCAGUGCUUCUGGUAUAGAUUUACCAAGCAUGCUAGUACUGAAAACCAAAUCCCUGUUACAAGAAGCCAGAUCCUUAAUUUUUUAAGUAGACUCAAGUUUUUAGUUGUAGAAAUUUCAAAAUCUUUAAUUAGAUUUUGAAAUGCAAAAUCUUGAAUCACAAGUAAAAUAUGUGAUGGAAAGCUGUAUUUCAAAUCAUGACAGCAUAUUCAGAGCCAUUUUUAAUUUGAGUCUUUAAAUAAAACAGAGGAGGUUAAAAUAUUCCUCUGUUAAAGUUAUUAGUACUGAAAUUAGGCUUGGAAGUGAGAGAAACCUAUAUUAAGUGUGAUCUAAGAAGACUAAAUCUUUUCCACAUGAGUCAGCAUUGCCAUACUAAUAUAUUGUUUUUGAUUAUAAAAAUACAGGAAGGAAGUAUACAUUUUAACAGUGGACUGGGUGUGUUCUUGAUUUUGGGGGGUAAUGGUGGUGGUGGUAGGGGACCAACCACAUUUUUACAAGGCACUUUUGCACUUCUAUUGUGCACUUCAUUUUUGUACCACUUAAAUUCUUGACCUCCCACCCCCCUUUUGUGUGCUAAUUAGCAUCUCAGGGCAAUGCCUCAAAUUUUUUUGAUGUGUUCUAUGUUAUUUUCUUUGGAGGGAAAAAGUUCAUGUGUAAUGAUAAUAUACUAUUCAAAGUGUACUUUCAUUGAAAUGUUUUAAUAGGAUGAACCCAAUUUGCUGCUUUUAAUAGGAACUUCAUUUUGUAUAGCAGACUCUUGUUACCCUAAUGUUAAGGAAUUUCACUAUCUUUUAUUGUUUUAGCAAGGUAAACUCUCUUGAUUGCUACUUUCUUAGGGAAUAUACUUUUACAGAUAACAAAAGCAGUUCUCAGUAUUAGCAUUAACUUUUAAGAAUCCAAGAGGUAUUUUUCUUACACAGCUUUAGAACUAUUUCAAACAUAUUUUUAAUUAUAAUGCAUUAACUUGCUUCUAGAAUACUAUGCAAUUAGUGUACUGCUUUAGCCACUUAAUUUUUUUUUACUAACUUCAUAACGUUAAAAAAUUUAGAUCAAAGAAAAAUCAAUCAUGUAAUUCAAACAAUCUGAAUUAUAGCAGUACUUUUAGUGAUCAUCCGUUUGACCAUAUAGUAAUCCAGCUUAUAACUCAGCUAGCUUUUCCACAAAAUGUAUUCAGUAGUUAUCUUCAAAGCACUCUUCUAGGCUAAACACCUUGGACUUUAAAGAAAUGAAUAGGUCCUUGCCCUCAAGGAGUUUACAUUUGAGUAGAAUUUAUAAUCUAAUGUAUGUUAAUAUAACUAUCACUCAUCCAACCUGAACAAGGUUUGAAAACUCUUUUCUUCUGUUUAUUUUCUUAUCUGCAAAAUUUAAAAAGCUCAUUCAAAAGAAAAUUUUGCUCAGCAUAGGAAUAAAGUUGGACUAAUCAGGCUCAAGUUUAUUCAAUAUGUUUGAUUGCCUUUAACGAACGGCCUUUGCUCUUCCUGCUGAGAGCAGCAAGUCAGAGAAAUAGGUAAUGAAUUUCUUAGAAUUUUCCAACCCUGAAAUAUUGAUGGAAUUUGAGUUUAAGGCAUUUUAAAAUAUAUAUAGAUAUAGAUAUACACACAUAUAUGUAGCUGAAUUUAUCCUAUCUAAGUAAAACUGUGUUCUUUCUUGAAAACACACUGCCAGUGUUAAUAUCCAAUUUUAGCCAAAUAAUUACUAUAUGUUUUAAUUUUUUAAAAUAGUUUCACUGUCUUUACUGGACAAAUUCAUAUAGGAAUUCAGUUUGUGAUUUCUGAAAGAAGGGAUUAAAUUGGUUAAGGGUUUUUUGUUUUAAUUUUGAAUUUCAUAAUGUGUAUACUUUUAAUUCAUAAAGUUUGAAUGAGAGGUUUAAAAGCCUUUUAAUGUUUUGAUUGCUAUUUGUACAGUAUCAUGUUAGGAUUUGGUUUUAGAAAAUAUUAUGUAAAUAUUUCAGUAUAUAAAUGUUUCUCAUUUGAGGUUUUUCUUUGAAGGAAACUUAAAGAGUUUUAUUUACUUUUGCUUGUAGAUCCUGCUGGUGAGAUGACCAUUUUUUAAUUGAGUCAUCUAGUCUUCUAAUUAGUUGUUUUCCCUCUAGGAUUUAGGAAGACUUCUUUAAGACUUCUUUAUAGUUAAAAUUUAGAAGCCUAAUUUUACUUUAUUUUUUCAUUAAUGUGCCAUGAGUUUUGGAUUGUAUUUGUUUUAAAUUAUACAUUACUUCAGAAUAUGCUUGAAAUAUUUAAGAAUACAUUUUCUAAAUGUUAUAAUACUGUGUUGUUUUGUUGGUCAGAAUAAGUGUCAGUUAAGUGUUAGUUAUUACUGAUAGUCAGGAUGCUAUAUACAGAAAUGAUGGGAGGCAGUAGGUUCCAGUUCAUUGUCAAAUGAACAUUUCCAGUUUGGGUCACCUCAACACAGAUUCUUUCCCUUUUACCUGCUUUAUACAUACAUUAAACUCAUGGUUUCUGCUCUCAUCUUUUCCUAAUUAUAUUACCAGCAAGUAGAAGUGUGCCAAUUAGAAAAAUUAAGAUGUAUUGAAAUUGUAGUUCACACCUUAUACUUUUAUAUACUUAGAUGGGGGAAAGUUUGUUUAAAUUGAUAUAAUAACAAAGUGACUUUUUUUUUGCCCUUAUUCUGCACGAAAUGUUGCUUCAUUUCUUCUACUACCCUCUUGGUGGUUUCUUUCUCUCUCUUUUUUCAAACUGCAACAGGCCAAUUCCAUUUUCUUGAGCAUUACCUCACCAAGGCCAAUUAAUACUAUGUAAAACUGGGCCAAAAAUAAGAAACCUUGGGAGACAGAAGGGUGGGGCCAUGGCAGUGAGCACGACAGAGGAGGAUUACUCUUAUAAAUUUUUAAAGCCACGGGAAGGUCUUCCUGGGACCCAGCUGUACAUUAAGAACUGUUGCAUCACAUAAACCAGCAAGAACCAACCUUUGCUUGUUCAGAUACUUUGAUUUUUCCAGCAAGGGAAAUAAUGAUAAAAAUUACUGCUGCUUCAACAUAGAAACAACGGAAAAAAUGAAUGCAAUGUUUCUUUACCACAAAACCCAACCCUUCAAUUCUUUUCAUUGCUCUAAAACCCAAUUUUCUACUAAUAGCUUUCUCACUGAAUUAAAUGUUUAGAAAAAUUGUUAAGUUUUUCCUUUCUUUUUAUAGUACUCCUGAUCCAGUAAAGGACAUUUAGUCACAUUUGCAUUUGUAUGGUACUAUCUGAAGUAAAUUAGAUUUGUGUAGGAGAUUGGGUAGCUGCAAAACAAAAUUAAUAAUAAUUAGGUAUAGACAUAAAUUCAUCAUAGCAAUGGUUCUUAACCUUUUAGGGUCACAGGCCCUUUGAGGUUGAUGAAUCCUAGGAACUUCCUUACCCAGGAAAAUGCAUACACUGUACAUAACUCCCCAAAGUUUACAAUAUUGCAGUAGUUCAGGGGCCCCUGCUUAAAUCCCAUACUAUAGCAUAAUAGAGCAUCAGCUUUUUUCCUGCAAAGCCAUAAGAAAUAUUUCAAGGACAUCAAAAUAAUUUGACUCUAUUUUAAAGAAUUGUUUCACUUUUUAAAAGAUAGAGGAGGUGGAUGUGGGCCUAUGCUGGAAUCUGAUACUAAAAUGUUCUUUUUAAAGGUGGUAUUUUGGGGAAAAGGAGAGUGAUUAAAGGUGAAAAAAAUAGUAUUAAGACUAGUUUUGGAGAAUAACAUAAUUCUCUGAUUUUGCUACUUUUGAAACUCAAAAGAGGUAAAACAAAUUGAAUGUUUCUGGAAUGUUUCUGACCUGCAUUAGUGCAAAUAUAUUCACAAACAACACACUUAACUGUUAGAUCUCACUCAGCUUUUAAGAUUUUGAGCUUCCUGGUAUUCAGAGUUCAUUAAAUUUUUAAUUCAUUUCAGAUUCCAAGGAAUUAGAUAUUUACUGAUACAAAAUGUUAAAAUAGGAUGUAAUAUACAGCCACCAACGUAUAGGAUUAAUGAGAUUUCUACUAAAAUACAACUACUAUGAAAAAACUCAUUAGCUUGUUGCAUUUGUUGCCAAAAUUGGACAUUCAGUUGGUUCCCAUUUGUGGGAAUUUUGAAACAUAGAAACUAUUGUCUUACCUGGGUAGCCCUUAACUAAGUCAAUAGCAUACCUGCAGGAAAAUAUCUUGUUUGUAGUAAUGUGCCCCAGUUCUGGUUGGUUUCAAUGUUCAAAUGAUUUUGUUUCACUUAAUUUGUAUAAACGUUAUAAAUGGAGAGACCAUCUACAUGUUAAAAGCAUUUUGCAUUAUCUAUAGAUUGAUUUUUUUAAAUCUAUAAAUGUAAAACUAAUAUAACUGCAGAAAUAUUUUUCCUAAACAGUGUAUAACAAAAUUCACAGUAACUCACCCACUGUUAGCAGUUUAUGUGAUCCAAACUUUUAAAGAAAUUCCACAAAUGUAUAUUUUGUAUUAUGUGCCAUUUCCUGGUCCAAAGAAAAUAUGUGAAUUCAGUUCUAACUUUAAGAAUGUACUUUUUUGUUUUCAAGUCUGUUGGAGAAAUUGCAUUCAGCCUGUGGAUGGUUGCUGAUUAUAUGUGAGAUGAAAAGUAGAAAUAAUUUCUAGUUUGCAAAACUGGUGCCACUAAAUAAACAGGCAAUUGCAUAA